GUCUUUUCAUUGGAAGGAGGCAUUCUGAUCUCUGAUCCAUGAUCCUUCGUGGCAGAUAGAGGAUGUUUUUAUUCUUGAACGACGUUAAUAUUGUCUGUUUCUUGUCUCAAAAACCAUUUUCUUAUUCUACACUAUUGAAAGGUUUAAUGUAAUUGUCAGCCAUGGACAUACGAGGAAUAGAAGUUACAAAUCAACUGCGAAGUGCCAUUCGUGCUAAAUUACUAGAAUUAGGAGUUAGAUACGACGAAGAAUUACCAGAUUAUAUUUUAGUAAUGGUUGUAAAUAAAAAGUCUCGUCAACAAAUGCACGAUGAUCUAUAUCUGUUUCUAGAGAAUUGUACAACUCCGUUUGUAGACUGGCUUCAUGACCAAGUGUUAAAGAAAUUGCAGAAGGUCACGGUAGCUAAAAGAAAAUCAUUAAGGGAAUUUGUGCCUACAGUUGUGGUUAAACAAGAGGAAGAAAGGAAAAAGAAAAAGACAUCAACGACCUCCUUUUUAGAAGAUCAGGGCGUUAAUCAACCUCUGGAGAGGUCUUCCAAUAAGAGUACAAAGGAUGAUAAAUCAUUCCAUAAACAAAGUGGAAAACCAUCUGUGUCUAGUCAAAAAUUAGAUACAAGUCAAGCCAAAAGUGUAGAAAAGUCUGUAAAAAGUGCAGGUCAUGACGCUAAAUCAGACGUUGGAUUGGAUCACAGCGAUUCUCAUCAAACUGUAUCAAAGAAAAUACAGCCAAACGAUAGUCAAGCGGGAAAUGCGAAUAAGGAACCAGUUGCUAUCGAGACUUCUGGUGGUAGGUUGGGGGAUUCUCGAAUUGAAGUAAAAGCAGAUGUUCCCUCAUCCAGAACACUGAAAAGACCGUUGGAUACAGCAAAUAAUAUUCGCGAUAACUCGGAUAAGAAACAAAAUGAAGCGAAGCGAUCGAAGAUUGAAGAUGACGAGAAAAGUAUAACGGAAGACAAUGUAAAAAAAUUAAAAUCUUGUAUCAAUAAACCAAAAGUUACAUCUGUUGUCUCUGUGAAAAAUCGUCUUGGUAUAGUGUCUCCCAGAAAGAAAUUUGAAGUUCACAGAGAUAAGACGGAUAAUGACAACCGAUACCGACAGAAUGAAAAGCGUGUAGAAAAGCACAGGUUCGAUGGCAUUCGUAGUAACAAUAAUUUCCAAAGAGGAAGAAAUUUUGAGACGGACGAACGUGCAAGGAGAAACCGUGAAGCCGAGUCGAAACACAAUGAUUCUGAUAAAAUUAGCAGUGAUGUUAAGACACGUUUGGGCAGCUCCAAAGUUGACAAAAUUUCUAAAAAUGUAGAAUUAAGAGAUAAGGUGAACUCUACUGUAAAAUCAAAAUCAGUUGGAAAACCGGCGAGUACGAUUAAAGAUCGUUUAGGGAUCGCGCGUACCGAUAGGUUGCAGAAACAAUUGGGAGUCAAAGAGUCGAUGGAAUUCAAAAGUAAACUGUUGGAGCAAGAUCGGGAUACAUUAAGUAACAACAAAAACAUUAAAACUAGACUGGGACCGUUGAAAAACAAUUUUCGACCGGUGACAGUUAAAGGUGGUUUCAAUUUAAUAAAUAGACGUUCUCAGAGUAGCGAAGACGAUGAUUAUCUCAACUUGGGGGCAGAAGAAGAGUUAGACAAUGACGAUCAAUCUACCGGAAUUUCUGGUCCCAUUAAAUCUCACAUAAUAGCCGUAAAUAAACUUACUCCAGCAAAGACUGAAAGAAAACGAUUGAAGUUGUCGGAAAGAACUAGUAAAGAGUCCAGCGACGCAGAAGACAUCGAAGAUACUAAGAUACCAAGCAAAGUAAUCGUAACUCCAAGACCGCUGAAACCUCUGCAGCCAACGCAGAAACGUGCCACGCAAUCCUUGCUGUUACGAGCGGUUGCAGAAGCCAACCAGUCAGUUGUUACUCAAAAGAAUCCUGAACCAUCUCUAUUGGAUAAGAAGCAAACAUUGAAACAUCUUAAGCCGACCGUCGUUCGAGAAGUAGGACAAAAUUUGUCGGUACAUCUCAAUUCUAAUAAGAGAUUGGUCAUGGAAAAGAUCCAGGUCGAGUUAAAUACCGAUGUUUCCGAGACGAAAUUGAAGCCUUAUGUAAAACAAUCGGUUACUGAGGAGCAUAUGGGCGUGGUAAUGUCGUUGUUUCAAAGAAGCGACGACAACCAAAAAUUUUUAGUCACCCUGAACGGAUACAACAACAACCUUAUCAAGGAGAAAGCUGUAUCCGACGACGACGAACGACUGGAAAUGGAGGUAAAUGAAGACGAUGAACUUGUGCUUUUAACAACACAAAAUGAUGUAUAUGCCCAGAAUGAGUCAGAAACAUCUGUUUUUCAAGUAACCGAAGUGGAUGGUGAGAUGGAUGCGAAUGGAAAAGAAAGAGCGGAAGAGAAUAAUGAAAACUGUAACACCGAGAAUGUCGAGAAGACUGAGGAGGUACCGAGGAAACGAAGAAAAUUAAGUCCCAUAGUAUAUAACAGAUCUCAUUCACCCAGUCCUGCAGAUAUCAAGACCAGUACUGUAUUGACAAACCCAUUGUUGGCCAAACAUUUAGACAAAAAGUCAACAACAACAACAGAAAGCGCGGUAACAGUGUUAGACAAGUCGAAGGAGAAGUGCAGAUAUUGGCCGAACUGUACGUUAGGAAGCAAAUGCGCGUACCUUCAUCCCAUUGUUAUGUGCAGCGCGUUUCCUGCUUGUAAAUUCGGAGACAAGUGUGCGUACAGACAUCCUAAAUGCAAAUUCGGACUGGCCUGCACAAAACUGGGAUGCGUGUUCUCCCAUCCGGCGCAGCAGUGCAAGUACCAUCCGUUCUGCACGAAACCGUCUUGCCAGUAUUCGCAUCCGACGCCGGUCCCAGCCGAGGCGACUACGCAAAGGGCGAAGUUCACGUGGCGCAGACGAGACUGAGCCUGAGAACGGUUCAACCGAUGUACAAAUUCCUUCAUCUUCUAGCCGAGCGGCGAGUCCGCUCGCUCGAACAGGAAUACCUUGCGCGUGUUUCGCACCGGAUCGCGAGCGCGUGGCGUCGCCGUUUGCGAAACAAACUGAUUCGCGAGGUGUAUCGGUAGCGCUAUACUGCCAAUCGCAUUCCGUUCGAUGCAUAGAAGAGAGAUCUUACCGCGCAUUCUGUAUCAUACCGUUUCACGAGCAAUUUCCGAGUAAACAAAAAAGAAAAAAUAUAAGCACAGAAUCGACGCAGGGUAACGAUAGCUAUUUUCUUUUUCACCCUGUAGCUGUUUAACGUUGUUCGUGGUGGUACACCGGCGCACACGUCUAUUGUACAGACUAAAAUAUGAUCCUGGAGAGGAGAGUAUCUCUUCGAUCGUAUACAAAUUUCAGAAAGAAAUCUCGACCUUCGGUACUCUCUCUUAAUCUGUAUUAUAUAUACAUACCGUAUAUACACGCGAACGUCGUCUAAACAAUGACAACACAUUUUGCAUUUGUCGGGCAAUAACAGAAUUUCGCUCGAUCUUCGAAAAACCUUCGCGAAUCCAGUCACGAAUGGAUCGCGAGUUUCGCGUUCGUUUCAUUCGGUAUCAAAGCGUCCCGCGGGAACCAGGCGUUCGCCUUAAUAAAAAAAGAACCACCGACCUCGUCUCGUGAUUAUUCGAAAUUACAAACGAGUUCUACUCGAUGUAUUUCCUGCGAUAUGUAAUCGUUCGCGACGCUUUCCUCCCUUAACGGAGGAUGCGUCACGGUGAAAGAAAUCGUUGUUGCGUUACGAAACGUACUGUAAUCGUACUAAAAAUCGUAAAAAAAAGAAAGAAACAUCUUGCGCCAUUAUCGAAGGCACAAGCAUCGAGCCGGUUCGUCACGAAUUGUAUUUAACAAAUUUAACCGAAGCCUAAUAAGUCUCUUCCGGUCGUUCUCGUAUAAGCGAACGAAACGCAGAAUCAAACCUACGAAUAAAAAAAAAUACAACAAGCGACGGGAUAAGUGCAUAUUAAUUGUUCGUGUACAUCUCUCCUGUGUGUCUACCUUGUUUUUCUAUCGAACUCGAUCAUUAACACGUAAGCCGAUCCUCGGAACGGCAAUACCUUAGUUUGUAAGUUUACACCCUUAUUCAUGAUUGUACACGUUUCAAGGUAAACCUUUUCAAUAACAAUACCCAGUGUAAUUAACUGGGACAGCGCGGCAAUCGUCUUAUACCUGGCCGGCAAUACCACCUAUAUCGACUAGGAGGGAUUUUACCUGAACAGCCGUAUUGCAAUAAACCGUUAUGACAUUAUUUUCGCAGCGAUCGUUCGCUGCGACCCCUGGACACGUCACUUUUAGGGUGUCGUAUUUUCUCGAGCGACGACCGCGCGGCGCGCCAUUACCGUCGCCAUCUUUGUUCCUCGUCGGUACGCAGUAAACUUUUAUUAUCGGCCGGCGGAGCCGUGCGACGACGAUGUGUCACCGCCCGGUGCCGGGCGUUCAAUUUCAAUGCCGCAGUUAAUGAAAAACCAUUAAAUCCCGUCCCAAAACUUUGUACAGUAAUAAGCACAGAAUUUCUCCGAACUCGAAAUAGGUUAUCCCGGAGAACGCGCGCAUCGAUGGAAGUUAUACCGAAUGAAACGAAAAACAACGUCGGAAAAGUGAAACUUUUUUGGCUUUCUUUAAUUUUUCUAGUCCUUAAGCACCGUAGACGGUUCGAGCGAACCACCUUACCUUAUUCCUUAGAACUCCUCUCUCACUCUCUCUCUCUCUCUCUCUCUCUCUCUCUCUCUCUCUCUCUCUCUCUCUCUCUCUCUCUCUCUCUCCUCGUUUCAAUGCGUAUUUAUGUAAGAAUCUAGUUGAUUAAAAAGCCGGCAAUGUUCGACCACCGAUAA